AGCUUCUGAUUCAUUGGAAUCGGAUGAGAAAGCUUUGGCUUCUAUCGUGGGAAACGGUGGAGGAUUUCUGAAUAAGCCGAGGAAGACUGUUUCAAUGCCGAUCCCUGAGGACACUUUGGAAUCCCUGUGCGUCAAGAAUACGGCGGUGUUGAAGCCAUCGCCUAGUGUUCAUUGUAACCUGCAAAAUAUAUCUUCUCCACGAGAUUGGACAAAUGGAUCUAUGAUGAACUCUGAGCAUACUUCCUUGCUUGAGGAAGCUUGGGAAAAUCUAACGAAAUCAGUUGUGUUUUACAAAGGAAUGCCGGUGGGAACACUUGCCGCCUUGGAUCCGAGCGCGGAGGCUUUGAACUACAACCAGGUUUUCGUGAGAGAUUUUGUGCCUAGCGGCUUGGCCUAUCUCAUGAAACAGGUGCCAGAGCCAGAGAUCGUAAAGAACUUCCUGGUAAAGACCCUCCACCUCCAAGGUUGGGAGAAGCGGAUAGACAACUUCACUCUUGGAGAAGGUGUAAUGCCUGCAAGUUUCAAGGUACUAUACGACUCACAGCGAGGGAAAGAAACCUUGAUAGCGGAUUUCGGUGGGAGCGCAAUAGGGAGAGUAGCACCAGUGGAUUCUGGUUUCUGGUGGAUUAUACUCCUCAGGGCGUAUACAAAGUGCACAGGGGAUCAUACCCUGUCUGAGAUGCCCGAUAUGCAGAGGGGCAUGAAGUUGAUACUCAACCUUUGCCUGUCUGAUGGCUUCAAUACCUUUCCUACCUUACUCUGCGCAGAUGGUUGUUGUAUGGUGGACAGGAGGAUGGGAGUGUAUGGGUACCCAAUAGAGAUUCAGGCACUUUUCUUCAUGGCUUUGAGGUGCGCAAGGCAGAUGCUAAAGCCAGAGUGUGGGGGAAAGGAAUUGAUGGAGAGGAUAGAUAAGCGAAUAGCGGCUCUGAGCUACCACAUCCGCACUUAUUUCUGGCUCGAUCACACUCAGCUGAACAACAUCUAUUGUUAUCGCACCGAGGAGUACUCCCACACUGCUGUCAACAAAUUUAAUGUCAACCCGGAAUCAAUUCCAGAUUGGGUGUUCGAUUUCAUGCCUCUACGAGGUGGCUACUUCAUAGGAAACGUCAGCCCUGCUCGGAUGGACUUCCGGUGGUUCUUGGUGGGCAAUUGCAUUGCAAUCCUGAGUUCCCUUGCUACACCUGAGCAGGCCACGGCCAUCAUGGAUCUAUUGGAGGAGCGAUGGGAGGACUUGAUCGGUGAGAUGCCUCUGAAGAUUGAUUAUCCAGCAUUGGAGGGACACCAGUGGACAAUUAUCACCGGAUGCGAUCCCAAGAACACUCGUUGGAGUUAUCACAAUGGCGGGUCUUGGCCAGUAUUGUUAUGGCUACUGACAGCGGCAUGCAUCAAGAGCGGUAGACCGCAGAUCGCCAAGAGAGUUAUAGAGAUGGUGGAGCAACGGAUUUCCAAGGACGGGUGGCCAGAGUACUAUGACGGGAAGACUGGGCGUUACAUUGGGAAGCAAGCUAGGAAAUUCCAGACGUGGAGCAUUGCAGGCUAUCUGGUGGCCAAGAUGAUGAUAGAGAACCCAUCAAAUCUACUAGUCAUUGCUCUUGAGGACGACAAGAAGAUAGCCAAGCCUAGGCUCACCCGCUCCGUCUCCUGGACUUGCUGAUCAGAUAGUCCUCAGAACAAUAUAUACCUGCAUGAAUUGAAGGAAAAUCGAAGCUUAAGAAAGGAAUCUUAUGAAUAGCGGAUCCAAAGUUGCAGACUACUGGUGGUGAAAGUAUUAGCUAUAGUAUUACUUAAAAAUGAUUCAAAUGCUUUACAGAAAAUUUCAUUGCAGUAGUACUGA